UCUCUAAUUUGAAUUAUUCUAUGUAUAGAUAGAUGGGGGGAUAUCUAUUGAUAAGCACUGCACAGAAGCUUUGAUUGAGACAUCACCAGCCUUCAUUUGCACUAUCUUUUCAAAGCUCCGUCAAUGGCAUACUUCAACCUCUCUUUCCUCGCCCUCCUCCUCCUCCUGCUCCCACUCGCUCUCCUUCUCAUCCUCUACUUCAUAGUCCGGCCCCGCCCUGUCAAGAUCCCAAUCAAGAACCGCCACGUGUUCAUCACCGGAGGUUCCAGUGGAAUCGGGCUGGCAUUGGCCCAUCAGGCCGCCUCCGAGGGUGCCCGAGUCUCCAUCCUCGCCCGCUCCAUCGACAAGCUCGAGGAAGCUAAGAACUACAUCCAACUCUCCACGGGCAUUGACGUGUCGAUCUUCUCUGCUGACGUUCGUGACUACGAUGCGGUAUCAAAAGUGGUGGAGGAGGCAGGCCCCAUUGAUGUGCUGAUUGUCAACCAAGGGGUCUUCGUCCCUGAAGAACUUGAGAAGCAGGGAUUGGAUGAGGUGAAGUUCAUGGUGGACGUAAAUCUGAUUGGCAGCUUCAACAUGAUCAAAGCUGCUUUGCCCAAAAUGAAGAAAGGAGAGGACAGUAUGCCCCGUUCGAUUGCUCUCAUGUCUUCCCAAGCUGGUCAAGUUGGUAUCUACGGCUACACAGCUUACUCUGCGAGCAAGUUUGGCCUUCGUGGGUUGGCCGAAGCUCUGCAACAAGAGGUGAUAUCUCAUGAUAUUCAUGUUUCUCUGAUAUUCCCUCCGGACACAGACACCCCAGGUCUCACUGAAGAGACAAAAAAGCGGCCGCAACUGACCAGCAUUAUAGCAGAGUCGUCAGGGGUGAUGAAAGCUGAAGAAGUUGCGAAGAAGGCUUUUGAGGGGAUCAAAUCUGCUGCUUUUAUUGUGCCUUGUAACCUUGAAGGGGCGUUGCUGUCUAUUGCCACUGCUGGGAUGUCUCCUCAGAGAUCGUUUGUUAUGGCAUUUGUUGAAGUGGUUGCUGCUGGUUUGGUUCGUCUUGUGGCUCUGUUUUUCCAGUGGAAUUGGUAUAAUGGUAUACGCACGUGGCAUGCACAGAACAAAAGGGCCUGAAGUUGGUGCAUUGUAAGGGCACUUCUUACAUCGCAGCUGUUGGUUGCGGGAUACUUUGGUUCUUCGAGUCACUGACCUUCACAGAAGGUGGUUUGGGCUAUCGAAUUUGCACCGAGCAUCGCUUAGCAUUUGGUAUUUGGUACUGCUUGAGGAAACUUGUUUUUUACCUCCACCAGUCUUCCUUUAAAUUAAGACUGUUGUCGUUCCAGGGCAUGUGGUAUGUUAAAUCUUCAUUGCUGACUCUGAUAGAUACCUAGAGUUGUAGGCACAGGAAAUUGAAAUCACUCUUGAGAUUAGGUUUUGCCUUCUU